GUAUGGAGAUUGGCGCAGUCCAACUGCCUAAACAAUUAAUUAUUUCAUCCAAAGCUGAGUUUCUCUGGAGCAACCGCGCUUGGCGCGGCUGGGCGUCUAACUCGACACCUCAGGCACUAUCCGCUCCGUCCCGUCUAACUGCCUCAGGCAUACGUUCGAGACUCGCAUGGAACCGGUUAUUCUGAUCAUACGGAGCAACAACAUCACCACACCUGUUCAUUGCAAUCUUAAUUAUCCUUGAUACUGCUCCAGUUCUUCCGUCCCAGAAAUUAUUGUCACUUCUCUACAUGAGUUUCUUUUGGAAAACAGACCUACUCUAAUGUCGGAACGGCUAUCCCGCCCGUCCAGUUCGCACUUGGAGCCCCCCAGGAAGAGCGUGGAGUUGGAGGACUCCGGGGCACGAGACUCCGUUACAAACAGUGACGAUGAUCAUUUCUCAGACGCCAGCGAAGGCCAUGAGCGUGCCCCCUCGCGCUCAGCAUCCGGUCGCACAUCUCCUGUCCCGCUGACUCGCGUGGAGAAGGUUGAUGAUAAUCCUUCGCACGGUGACGUCCCUGGAACCCGUGCAUACGAGCUAAGGGGACAUGAUGCGGUCCCCGAUGAGAUUGAGGUUAUACCCGAUGGAUCACGCAGCAGAAGUUCCUCGAUUGCGGGGCGACAGGAUCGCCCUUUGACUCCGGAGGGUUCGCCAAUUCCCCGGACAAUCGUUGAAAAAGUCGAUGUGGACCAACCAAGCCAUGGAGAUGUUCCUGGUACAGAAGCAUAUGACAAGCGCAAGGCUGAUGCCGUUCCCGAUAUUGUGACGACAGCCUGGGACUCGGGUGCAAAGCCACCGUCACACAGCCCGGAAUCAAAUGAGCGGGGCUCGAGCGAGGAAAUUACUCCGGAUAUUGAUGUCCCCGAAACGGUGCUCCAGAGAGUCGAUACGUUGCCGAAUGACGCAGCAGAUAUAGGUCCACGAGCACAUCAGAGACGGCCGAGCGAUGCAUUGCCUGACGCGACGGACACCGUUCCAGAUGCCCCAGAUGCACUGCCGCCGUCGCAAGAUAGUCCCCUGCAUCAAAGUCAUGUCGAGCGGGAAUUACCAGUAACCGGUGACGACGACGAAAACCAGGAGGCUGCGGAUGACUUCGAUGAUUUUGCGGAAGAACAAGACAUGGGUGAGGAUGACUUCGGUGAUUUCGAUGAUUUCGACGAUGGUUUUAAAGAGCCCAGUACAGAGGUUGCUGAGGAUCGACCUGUGAACGAGACACCUCAGCCUCUCACACCACCCACAGUUCCACCUCUUAUAGAUUUCUAUUCUUGCCAAUCCGUCGACGACCUAUUCGCUUCCCUAGACGAACCUCUUGACCGUCUCUUUCCCACUUCUAAAGAGGUCUCGUCACUCCCUCCAAUAGAACCACUUGAAAACAAUUCAGCCAUUUUCAAUACCGAACGCUCUUUGUCGUUGUGGUCUCAGCUCGUUGCGCCACCACCGCUACAGCCCCAAAAUUGGGUGAAAUCUCGGAUCCGUCGUCUCUUCCUGGUCUCACUCGGAGUUCCUGUUGAUCUUGAUGAGAUCUUACCAGCCUCGAAACAGAAGAAGCUUAUUCUUCCAUCAAUUAAUCUCGGUGGCCCUGACAUUACAUCAGGGACCCAUUCCCGCUCGGGAAGCCAGAUCAGAAAAGACGACGUUCAGAGUGACGCCAACAGUCCAUCGACAUCCGGCCCACCGCGGAACAGAGCUUCGUGGCGGCGUGAGCCAUCUCCUCCACCUGAACUAGACCUCUCAUCCGUCCGACGCCUGUGCACCACAACAGAUGCAGCUCUCGACGGACUAACAGAUGGCGAAUUACAAGGCCACGUCAAGGAGCUGGAAAAUGUAACCCUCCGCGCUAGCUCUGUCCUCGAAUACUGGCUAAAACGACGAGACGGUCUCGUAAGCGAGAAAGAGGCGUUCGAGGGCGUGAUUGAAAAUCUCGUCAAUCACGCCCGACGUGUAAGAAAAUAAUGUAUAGCGUAAUGAACCUGCUUUCCCCGUUUUCUCCUCUACCUAUCUUCUUUUGUCACUCCCCCCGGCUAUCUCCACUUGGGCUGUGUGGUUUUGGAUCUGAGAUCCCCCUUCUCUUCAUUACUUUAUUAAUACUUAUUGCAUGGGUGGAGUCUGGACCUUGCAAUCCGUUCUUUUCCUCUAGAUAUGAUCCGUGUUAGAAUGAGAUUAUAAUCUCUGUUAGAUAGAAUAGGUUAGCUAGGAUAGCCAGCCUGCGAUUUAUAAUA